AGUCACAGUUCCAAACUGAAUGUGCAGUGACUGAUAUAGAGGGGACUUUUCUUUGGAAGCUCACAGUGACCGUAUCCAGCAGAAAGAAAAGUACAACCCCUUGUGUACCUGGCUGUUAAUAGCUCAGUAAAUAAGAAAAUCUUAGAGUCUGCCUUAGAAGAGACCUAUGCCAUUUUGCCUGGAGCUGAGUAAGAUGCACCCCCGCUGGCUGCUUGCUUGAAGGAAGAGAAAAUCCACUCAGGAGAGACUCUUCUUCAUUGCCUCAUCCUAUGGAGGAAUCACCACUGCCCAUCUACAUUGAGGAGGGGACAGAAGUCCCGAUUGCCAAAAAGGAAUUGAUUGCUCUUGGCACCAGGCAGAUCUGGACCCAGAAGACCACAGAAAGCAGAAAUAUGGCAACAAAGGAAAAGCUUCAGUGCUUGAAAGAUUUCCACAAGGACAUCCUCAAACCCUCCCCCGGCAAGAGCCCGGGGACACGGCCUGAGGAUGAGGCAGAAGGAAAGCCGCCCCAGCGGGAGAAGUGGGCAAGCAAGAUUGACUUUUUCCUCUCCGUGGCUGGUGGAUUUAUUGGUUUAGGCAAUGUCUGGCGGUUUCCGUAUCUCUGCUACAAAAAUGGCGGAGGUGCAUUUCUUAUACCUUAUUUCAUUUUCCUGUUUGGGGGAGGUCUUCCCGUGUUUUUCCUGGAGGUGGUGCUAGGACAGUAUACCUCUGAAGGUGGAAUUACAUGCUGGGAAAAGAUCUGCCCUAUUUUCACUGGAAUUGGUUAUGCUUCCAUAGUGAUUGUGUCCCUUCUGAACGUUUACUACAUUGUGAUCCUGGCCUGGGGACUCUACUACCUGUUCCAGUCGUUCCAGAGCGUCCUGCCGUGGGCACACUGCCACCAGAAGUGGAACACGCCGACCUGCGUGGAAGACACUCUCAGGAAGAACAAAACACUCUGGAUAUCACUGAAUGCCACUAACUUCACCUCUCCUGUCACGGAGUUUUGGGAGCGGAAUGUACUGAGCUUGUCAUCAGGAAUUGAAGACAUUGGUAUUAUCAAGUGGGAUCUAGCACUGUGUCUUCUCCUCGUCUGGGUGAUAUGUUUCUUCUGCAUAUGGAAAGGAGUCAAAUCCACUGGGAAAGUAGUGUACAUCACUGCCACAUUCCCAUUCAUCAUGCUCCUUGUUCUGCUCAUCCGUGGUGUGACCCUGCCUGGAGCCGCAGAAGGCAUCAAGUUUUAUCUUUAUCCUGAUAUCUCACGGUUAGCUGACCCACAGGUCUGGAUAGAUGCAGGGACACAAAUCUUCUUCUCAUAUGCAAUCUGCUUAGGAGCAAUGACUUCCCUGGGGAGCUACAACAAGUACAAAUACAACUGCUAUAGGGACUGUUUGCUGCUGGGAUGCCUGAACAGUGGUACCAGUUUUGUGUCUGGCUUCGCAAUUUUUUCCGUCCUGGGCUUCAUGGCACAAGAGCAAGGGGUGAACAUUGCUGAUGUGGCAGAGUCAGGUCCAGGCCUGGCCUUCAUUGCCUACCCAAAAGCCGUGUCCAUGAUGCCACUGCCCACCUUUUGGGCAAUCCUUUUUUUUAUUAUGCUUCUGUUGCUUGGACUGGAUAGCCAGUUUGUUGAAGUUGAAGGACAGAUCACGUCAUUAGUUGAUCUGCACCCAUCCUUCCUAAGGAAGGGUUACCGACGGGAAAUCUUCAUCGCUAUAGUAUGUUUCCUUAGCUAUCUUCUGGGACUAACUAUGGUGACUGAGGGUGGCAUGUAUGUUUUUCAACUCUUUGACUACUAUGCAGCUAGUGGUGUAUGCCUUUUGUGGGUUGCAUUCUUUGAAUGUAUUGCUGUAGCCUGGGUUUAUGGCGCUGAUAAUAUUUAUGAUGCCAUUGAGGAUAUGAUUGGAUACAGACCUGGUCCCUGGAUGAAAUGGAGCUGGACUGUGAUCACACCAGUCCUUUGCGUGGGGUGCUUUAUCUUUUCUUUGGCCAAGUACAAACCACUGACCUACAACAAGGUCUACACAUACCCAGACUGGGCAAUUGGCCUGGGCUGGGUUCUUGCCCUUUCCUCCAUGAUCUGCAUCCCUAUGGUGAUGGUCAUCCGCAUCAUACAGUCAGAUGGGUCGCUCAUUGAGAGGAUAAAAGCGGUGGCUGCCCCCAAGGAAGUGAAUCGGUGGUCCAAAGAAACGGAGAGUGGCACCCCCUUCUGCCCCAAUGGAACUUCAAAUGGCGGAUUGAUCAAGCCAACUCAUAUCAUUGUGGAAACCAUGAUCUUUCCUUUUCAUCUGGUCCAAACAGAUCCACACACUUAGAAAAGUCCUCUGUAAAGUGUGAGAUAGUAGGUCCACAAUGGAUUUGUUCUUGUGUUUGAAGUGAAAAUACAAAAGCCUCGCAGCUGUGUUUGCCAUCUAGAACAAUGCUGGUGCUCACCCCCGUGCCGCUCCUGGAGUGGAGGGAAGUUAGGAAAGGUCUGCUAAAACAGCUCAGCAAAACUGAUUUUCACAGCUGGUUUUGGGCAGAGGAGGAGAAGAGGAAAACAAACAAACAAAAUGGUGCAGCCUUACGGUUGGUGUAACACAAAAAAACCCAACAACAACCAUCAGCAGAGCCUUCAACGUCACCGUCAGGCUAGCAUCUUCUGCGGCUGUUUUCAGUCCUGUGUGCGCAUCCUCCUUUCUCAACUGCAGAUACUCCUGGUUCCUCUUCUCUGUCUCAGCGUUAGACAACUCGAGUAGAUCUGAAGACACAUGGACAUUUCCAUUCCAUAGACCUUUUACAAGUCUCCUCCCAGUCUGCUUUGAUUUGUGCAGGAGACUUAGAGUUUUAGUGAGGUCAUAUUUGUCACACUUGGGUUCAAAGCUCCCACUUGUUGCAUCAAUGGCAAAACUCCAUCUGUGGGAGAAGGAUUUGAACGUUUUUGCAUAACUGAUGAUUAGCUUCCACGUCUUGUGGGCACUGCAGGACCACUCAUGGAGGCAUCAUGUAUAUAAAAUGUUAAUAAGCUGUGUAUUGAAUGGAGUGGACAAGUUAGUUAAGCAGCUCGAGUACACUUGGAAGAAAGAUGACCCUGACAUCAUUUCCAGGAGAUUCAAUGGAAGUUGCUCACUUUCAGUAAAAAGAAAAAAAAACCAAACAAACUGUGUUUAAGUAGAGUAGUAGAUGAAAUCUUUCACCCUCAUAUGCACGCACACAAGUGUUUAUUCCUGGGCUGCCAAAUCAUGUGCAUAAGUCUUGCAGAGCUGUUUAGGAUGAGGAUUGAGAAGAUUUAAGCACCACUUGCCUGCAAAGAGCCAACUUGCCAGCGUGCCCAAGUGGCCUUCCCUAAAUUGGGGGUGGUGAAAGAGGGAAGGUAAUGACAAAAUCCUGGACUGUGGCCCCUCCAAGGAUGCCUUGAGGUGGGACUGGAAACUCUCCUGGCUCUUUGUAAGCGCCACAUGGUACAGGAGGUUGGGUGUGGUGUGGUUUCAGGCAGCUGCCUUGGACUUGUUUUCUCCAAAAUCAGCAUCCAAAGCCUCAUGACUAAGAUUGAUGUGUAGUUAGUUGUGUAUUUGUAUAUUUGCAUGAGCAUAGAUCAGGAAGUGUCAGACCCCAGUAGCUCAUUUUAUUUCUUGUAAUCAAAGAUAAGCUUUAGAAAGGAAGAAUUCGGUUGAUUUGGUGACACCUUGAAACUCAAAAAUACCCAUCAACUAGUGCAAAAGAGGCCCCCUGAGCUCCAUACUUUGGUCAUAAGCAAUUUCUAUUGGUAUCAAUGGUCAAUUUGAGUUUACUAGAAUGCUUGAUCAAGAAAGACUCGAGCCUAACCAGCACUAGCCCCAGCUGGAAAACUGCCUGUUCCAGCCCUGCACCCUCCACUGGAUCAUGGCUCUUUUCUGUCAGCCCAAAAUGAACCUGUGCAUGGACAAUGCCUCUCUGCUUUAAAAAAUAAAAUAAAAUAAAAUAAAAUAAAAUAAAAAAAUCUGAAUUUGUUUCUAUUAAAAAAUGAGAGUCAGGUUUUUUUGUGUUUUUUCCAGUUGUCAUUGUGAAUUGGUGAUUUCAAGUUACUCAUGUCCUAAAACAAGAGCAGAAAGAGCUUUAGGCACCAUUUGACCCCCCCCCAAAAAAAGACACAAGCUCGAAAUUUUGAGAUUGGCAACAGUAGGAACACUAAUCACUCCCCCAUCUCCAUCAAAGGUGGAAAACUUCAGUGACAGGGCUUGCAACUGGAAAAGAGCCUGACCCUGCUGGUAUUGCUGGGCUAUUGAAUGGCAGUGCAGACACGGCCUUUUUGUGUGGCUGCUGUGUCUUAAUUUGAAAUAAUCAGUAACAGUCUCAGAAUUGAAUUGCCACAAGCUUUCCACAGCCCUGAGCUUUA